CUCAAAACGAUCACCCUCCAAAAAUCCUAUUGCCCUUCUUUAAUUCCACCAAAAAAGCCAUGCUCCCCUUACCUUUAUUCCCUUCUCCUCCUCCUCCUCCUCCUCCUCCUCCUUAUUGGACCUUCCUUUCUCUCUUCUCUCUUCUCAUCUUUCCGGAAGAACAGAACACAGAGAAAAAACAGAGAAGGGAUGAUAGAGCGUUGGGUUCUGGACAGUAUUAUCAAUCGAUUGGUUGAAGUGAGAAGAAAGCCAGGGAAGCAGGUCCAGCUCUCUGAGAAUGAAAUUGUGCAGCUCUGCGUCACUUCACGACAGAUUCUCUUGGACCAGCCCGUUCUCCUCGAGCUUGAAGCUCCCAUCAACAUCUGCGGGAGACAUUCAUGGACAAUACAGCGACCUCCUGCGCCUCUUCGAGAGUGGAGGCUUCCCUCCACGCGCCAACUACCUCUUCCUGGGAGACUACGUGGACAGAGGCAAACAAAGCCUCGAAACCAUCUGCCUCCUCUUAGCUUACAAGAUCAAGUACCCCGAAAACUUCUUCCUCUUGAGAGGCAACCACGAGUGCGCCUCCGUGAACCGGAUCUACGGCUUCUACGAUGAAUGCAAACGCCGCUACAGCGUCAGGCUGUGGAAGGUCUUCACCGACUGCUUCAACUGCCUCCCCGUGGCGGCCCUGGUCGACGACAAGAUCCUCUGCAUGCACGGCGGGCUGUCGCCGGACCUCCACAGCUUGGACCAGAUCAGGAACCUGCCUCGACCCACUGCGAUACCCGAGAGUGGGCUGCUGUGCGAUUUGGUGUGGUCCGAUCCGUCGAGGGAGGUUCGAGGGUGGGGAGCUAAUGAGAGAGGGGUUUCGUAUACGUUUGGGGCGGAUCGGGUUGCUGAGUUCCUGCGGAAGCAUGAUCUCGAUCUAAUCUGCAGGGCGCAUCAGGUUAUGGAAGAUGGAUAUGAGUUCUUUGCCAAUAAGCAACUGGUGACUAUAUUCUCGGCACCUAAUUACUGUGGGGAGUUCGACAAUGCUGGUGCAAUGAUGAGCGUGGAUGAGAACUUGCUGUGCUCAUUUCAGAUACUUGGGCCUAUGGAGAAGAAACCCAGGUUUGGGUUUCCGGGUAUUGGUUCAGCUAAGCCAACUCCAAGUCCUGCUAAAAUCAAGUCAUUUCUGAGGGUAUAGCUAGGGGGAAUCCGAUGCCAUUUGACAUGGAUUGUGAUAAAAGGAGUCAACUUUCUAGCUCUGAGAGAGCUAGCUAGCUGAGUGGAAGGAACAACUUGUGCCGGCAAAAUAGUGAAUUGGGUUUGAUGAUUUGAUGUUUAUAUGAUGCAACAUUUAGUCCCUCGGCAUGUUCCCCAGUGGAAGGUGUGAUACAAUAAUCUCACGGGCCAAAAAUGUAAAGUUUGAUCAAUCUCUGUAUUCUGGUCUACUUUCCAUAUCCAUCAUUGGUUCCAUUGUUGUGUGCUUUUCAUUAAUAGAGGCUCUUACAAAAAUUAUGAAGAGAUGAUGGAUGUCGUGUCCUUAAAUGUGCACUAACCAACAAGAUUGUUGAUGUAUGCCACGCCCCCAUAUAAUUCACUGGUGGGUCAACUCCUCUCAAAGUCGCCAAGUUUGUUCAAGAUCUGGGGAUGGGCGAAACGGUCAUGGAGUCGAGAAGGUCGAGUUUAUGUCUCGCCACUGAAUGAGAACCUCUAUCCUUUCUAGCUCCCUAAUACUGAUUCGCGUGCUUGUGUUUUGGAAAAUGGUCCAUGGGAUGGAACUGUGAGAAGUGAGAACAGUCUAGUAUUUGUGAGGAAAUGGACCCCUGGGAUUCAGUUGUUAACUCUUAAUUUGGGGGUUCUUCCUAUUUGAGUGAGUAUUUGGGGAUUGCCUCUCCAAUAUUUCACAAUGGAUGGUUUGAGG